AUGAUACUAUUCGGCGUGAUGUACGACGCCGGCAGCAUCCGUCUCGUCGCCCAUAUGCCCUUCGUAGACAGCGCUAGCGACGGCUCUGAUCAGUGGUCCUACCUCUCCUGCGUUGUCGACACAUUGCCCUUCAACCCUCUGCCGCUGGAUUUGACCCCGCCAGAUCUCCAGGCCUGGUGCGCAGGGAGGUUCAAGGUGGCUUUGGCACUUCUCUCCCUCUGGGACGGUAUCACCUGGCCCGCCGCCAUUGCGCUGUCCGAAGCAAUGCACGAGUCCGAAUACUUGGAGCCCACUGCUCCGCCUUCUGACCGCUUAUCCGUGGAUUUUUCAGAUCAUCUUUUCGAUUACGAAGACUCUAAUGACUCUAAUGAGUCUCCGACAACGUCUGGGGACCAGGAAUUCCAAAAGCUGGAGAUGGAAGAGCUAGAGAAGAAGACGGAGAAAUGUCGUCCAGUGGUGGAACGGUGGGUUGUGAAUGUUGACGCCGCCUCCGCUGAUGGCACAACAGAUACGCGAUAA